GGCAAGCCUGUGAACGGUAACCACAUUGAGGGGGGCCGGGUGUCAACGCUCACGUGAUGCUCACGUCUUGUCGGCGGACUUGCUGGCGUAGAGACUCACUCCGAGCAUGACAGACACCGCAUCGCUGUCUGGUGGUUCGCUCCUCCUCGCAUGGCAGCUCAAACACAAGAACGUCCUCAUCGUCGGCGGCGGCGACGUCGCCUCCGGACGCAUUGAAUCCGUGCUCGUCGCCGACGCUCAUGUCACUCUCGUCUCGCCGUCCGCCGGGCUCCACCCGCUCACGAAGCAAUUCAUAGAACGCUACCCGGACCGCAUCACCUACCAUGACCGCACCUUCGCCGGCGCGUCCGACCUCGAGAGCGUGGACAUGGUCCUCACCGCCAUCGACGACGUCGAAAAGUCGCGCGAGAUCUGCGCCCUGGCGCGCGAACGCCGGAUCCCCAUUAACGUCGCAGACAUCCCGCCCUCAUGCGACUUCUACUUCGGGUCGCAAAUCCGCAGCGGGCCCCUCCAAAUCAUGAUUUCGACCAACGGGCAGAGCCCGAAGCUCGCGAACAUCAUCCGCAAGCAAAUUGAGGCGAGCCUGCCGGAGAACGCGGGCGGGGCGGUGGAGAGGGUCGGCGUGCUGAGGAGCAAGCUGCGCGAGCGCGCGCCGGGGGUGGGCGGGGAGCUGGGCAAGCGGAGGAUGCGGUGGAUGAUCGACGUGUGCACGGACUGGGAGAUGGAGGACCUCGCGCUGCUGGACGAGGAUAUGAUGGCGAAGCUGCUGGACGACGGGUGGGAGAAGAACCGCGUCCCGAGGCUGAAGGAAGUCGGUGGCUCGAGGCGGCGGUCGUCGCUUUCGACACACAAAUCGGCCAAUACCUGGCUUGUGUCUGCGGCGGCCUUCGCUGCUGGUGCUGCAUGCAGCGCCGCUGUGUUCCUCGCCCGCCGUCGCUGACCGUACACACUUGAUCGCACUGCGCGGGCCCGGCCUCGUUCCCGACGUACGUCACGAGGCGCUACCCGAGUCAAGGAGGAUCCUAGAGGAAGACCGAGCAUUGAAUACUAACUCAUAGAGUUGCCACACUGUACCAUACACAAUCGCCCCGGAAUAUCCUGGAUAAUAGACCUUAGAUGUCGAGGCGUUGGCCAGUGGGCCGGCCGCUGAGUCAGUGCGUGACAUGCGUCCGUCGUGUGCC